CUCAGCCUAGUAAUAUUGACAAUAGGUAAAGCGGAGAUUUCCCCAAAAUAGUGAGAAGCGUGAAAAGGAAAAUAAGCGGAAAAAGAGGGGUAAACCGCUAGCCGACGAUUGCUUCAACGAUCAGGGAAUGUGAUUCUUUUCGCUGCAUCCGUAUACAUCCGUAUGCCGCUAUUAAUGGGACUCGGAGGAUUAUUUCGUUAGAAGGUGGCUAGCUAGCUAGCUAAAGGGUGCUGUAGGUUUGGCUGUCUGAAAAGGCCAAGAUAGCUGGGCUAGCUUUUUCUGCUGUCGCGGCUAGGAGAGACUAGCCAAUUGCUAAAGACCGAAAAAUCCAAGCGUAAGCACCGUUAGCUAGCUAGCUAAACAGGGUCGCUCCUUACCAGCACCAUCUUCACGGCGAAACGCAGAGAAACAAGGGCUAUGUCCUCGGCAGCCACAACGCCUCCAUCAGUGGACAAAGUGGACGGAUUUUCUCGGAAGUCUGUCAGGAAGGCCAAACAGAAGCGGUCACAGAGUUCUUCGCAGUUCCGGUCUCAGGGCAAACCAAUCGAGCUCACCCCCUUGCCACUGCUGAAAGACGUCCCGGCACCAGAGCAGCCAGAGCUGUUCCUGAAGAAGCUGCAGCAGUGCUGCACCGUCUUCGAUUUCAUGGACACGCUCUCUGACCUCAAGAUGAAGGAGUACAAGCGCUCCACACUCAACGAGCUGGUGGACUACGUCACCGUGAGCCGGGGCUACCUUACAGAGCAGGCCUACCCCGAGGUUGUCAAAAUGGUGUCCUACAACAUUUUCCGGACUCUUCCUCCCAGCGACAGCAGUGAAUUUGACCCAGAAGAAGAUGAACCGACGCUUGAGGCCUCUUGGCCACACUUACAGCUGGUAUAUGAGUUCUUCAUACGAUUUUUGGAGAGCCAAGAAUUCCAGCCAAGCAUUGCCAAAAAGUACAUAGACCAGAAAUUUGUAUUACAGCUCCUGGAGCUCUUCGACAGUGAGGACCCCCGGGAGAGAGACUACCUGAAGACAGUCUUGCACAGAAUUUACGGGAAGUUCCUGGGACUGCGGGCUUUUAUACGAAAACAGAUUAACAAUAUUUUUCUACGUUUUGUUUAUGAAACCGAGCACUUCAACGGGGUAGCUGAGCUGCUGGAGAUUCUGGGAAGCAUAAUCAACGGCUUUGCCCUCCCACUCAAGGCAGAGCACAAACAGUUCCUGGUCAAAGUGCUGAUCCCCCUCCACACAGUCAGAAGUCUGUCUCUCUUCCAUGCGCAGUUGGCGUAUUGCAUUGUACAGUUCCUUGAGAAAGACCCAGCAUUAACAGAACCAGUCAUCAGGGGCUUGCUGAAGUUCUGGCCAAAAACUUGCAGUCAGAAAGAGGUGAUGUUCCUCGGGGAACUGGAGGAGAUCCUGGAUGUGAUCGAGCCCACACAAUUCGUCAAGAUCCAGGAGCCGCUGUUCAAGCAGAUCUCCAGAUGUGUCUCCAGCCCACACUUCCAGGUGGCAGAGCGGGCGCUAUACUACUGGAACAAUGAGUAUAUCAUGAGCUUGAUCGAGGAGAACUCCAACGUCAUUCUGCCCAUCAUGUUCGCCAGCCUCUACAGGAUCUCCAAAGAGCACUGGAACCCGGCGAUUGUAGCUUUAGUCUACAACGUACUCAAAGCUUUUAUGGAGAUGAACAGCGUCCUGUUUGACGAGCUCACGGCAACGUACAAGUCAGACCGCCAGCGAGAGAAGAAGAAGGAGAGGGAGAGGGAGGAGCUGUGGAAGAAGCUGGAGGACCUGGAGCUGAAGAGGGGUCUCCGGAACGACGGCAUCAUCCCCACUUAACCCUGGCGGGCCCUGCCCUCCCCUCACCCAGCCCCGCCCAUCCACACAUGCCCCAGCGGCAGAUGGAGCAGUCUUCUUAUUUUAACCCCACCCUCCCCGUGUUGUGCUACUUACUUUAUGGUAGAAUUCACACGUUUGUCUCAUAAUUUCAGCAGCACUGUAAAUAACCUUUUUUUCUCCUCGAAAUGAUACUUGCGCCGAAAAACAAAAUAAAAAGGAAGAUUAAACAUAGAAAGCAAGAGAGAAAUGUGUGAGAAAACAGACUUUGGACAGUAGAACUUUGAACUCUUCUGUUUAAAAAAAAAAAAAGAGAAAAAAAAAGAAAAAUCAGCUACAAAAAAAUAGAUUGUUUUAACCUCAACCCCCCUUCCCAGAAAAAUCACUCCUCCUCCUCUGUUAAGCCCUCUCCCUAAGGUGUUCUCUUCUCCAAAGUAUGGUUGAACUUUGAACUUGUUCCAGGAUAGCACUAUGGACUAUGAAGGGUAAGGCCACCCCCCCCCCCCCCCCCGCCACACACACACACACA